GAAGAAACGCCGAAAGUGUGACGUCAAACGUCUGCGCCGAGGCAGCCGCACGUGUUGUUUUUAUGGACGUUUGAGCGUUUUAAGUUCUCCCAAAGUGUGUUAGCAUUUUCUGUUAAAGUCCAUUAGAACAGAACUACAAACAUGGGGAAGAAACUCAAAGUUGGAAAGACCAGAAAAGACAAAUUCUACCACUUGGCAAAAGAAACGGGUUAUCGGUCUCGUUCUUCCUUUAAACUUAUCCAGCUCAACCGCAAAUUUCAGUUCCUACAGAAGGCUAGAGCCCUGGUCGACCUGUGUGCUGCACCGGGUGGAUGGUUACAAGUUGCUUCCAAAUUUAUGCCUGUUUCAAGUCUUAUUAUUGGUGUUGACCUGGUGCCAAUCAAACCCAUCCCCAACGUGGUGACACUGCAAGAAGACAUCACCACAGACAAAUGUAGACAGGCUUUAAAAAAGGAGCUUCAGACCUGGAAGGUUGAUGUUGUGUUAAAUGAUGGCGCCCCAAAUGUGGGGGCAAACUGGCAACAUGAUGCCUUUUCACAAGCUCAUCUGACCCUGAUGGCUCUGAAGUUAGCUUGUGAAUUUCUUACCAAAGGUGGUACUUUUGUGACCAAGGUCUUCCGCUCUAAAGACUACCAGCCUCUGGUUUGGAUCUUCCAGCAGUUCUUUAAAAAGGUGCAGGCCACAAAGCCACAGGCAUCCAGGAAUGAGUCUGCAGAGAUCUUUGUCAUCUGUCAGGGUUUUGUUGCCCCAGACAAAAUCGACAAUAAGUUCUUUGACCCUAAACACGCGUUCAAAGAAGUGGAGGUGCAGGUCAAGACAGUGAAGGACUUGGUUCCUGUCAAGAAACCAAAAGCUGAGGGUUACAUGGAUGGUGAUCUGACGCUCUACCACAGCUUCACAGUGACUGCUUUUUUAAAAGCUGACAACCCUGUGGAUUUUUUGAGCAAAGCCAGUGUGAUUACCUUUGACAACCCAGACCUGGAGUCUCAUGGUGCAACUACUGAUGAGAUAAAGGAAUGUUGUCAUGACAUCAAAGUGUUGGGCCGCAAAGAGCUCCGCUUGUUGCUGAGCUGGAGGACUAAGCUGAGAAGAUUUCUGGUAAAAAAACUGAAGGAGGCAAAGCUUGACCAGGAGAUGAGCUUAGAUUGUGAUGAAGGUGAAGAGAGCAACUCAGAUGAAGAACCAGAGAAGAAGCAGCAAGAGGAGGAGGAGGAGGAGGAUGGGGAAACUGAGAGGAAGCUGGCAGAGCUGAAAGCUGAGGAAGUAGCUGAGCUCAGAAGGAAGAAAAAGAAGCUGCUAAAAGAGCGAAGGAAGCAGAGGGAGAGAGUGGAGCUGAAGAUGGAUCUGCCAGGCGUCUCUAUUGCCGACACAGAGGACUCAUUCCUGUUCUCCCUCCACACCAUGAAGAAGAAAAAGGUGCUGGCUGAUAUAUGUAAGGGAGACAUGCAGGCAGCAGAUGCUCUGAUAGAUGGAGAAGAUGACAUAAGCCUAUCUGAGGGGGAGGAUGAUGACGAUAAAAUGUCAUUAGACUCAGAGUUAGAUGACGAAGACUUUGAGGAGGUGGUGCAGAAGCAGAAAGAGCUGGAGAAGAAGGCACCAAAGAAGAAGGUACAGUUUGCUGAGGAAGAGAAUGAUGAUGAUGAUGAUGAUGAUGAAGAGGAGAAAGGUGGGGGGCUGCUGGUGGACCUGGAGGGAAAGGAUGAGAAGGAAGAGCGAGAGACCAGCCUGUGGUUCAGCAAGGGCAUCUUCUCUGAGAUUGACCUAGAGGGAGAUGCACAGAGUGAACUGCAACAGACUAAGUGGCUCCAGAGCAAAAAAACAGGAAAAGGCACAAAGAGGAAAGCUGAAGAAGAGGAGAACAAAGUGGUGGACGAUGUAGCUAUUCUACCAGAAGAGGAAGAGGCAGGACCAUCACAGGAAGCUAAAGAGGAGAGUGACAGCGACAGCGAUGACAGCAGCGACGACGAGGAUGAAAUUGCCAGGAUGAAACAAGCCAAAGACACUGGUGAAACGUCUGGAGAUGGUGACAAUGAGGACUUCAAGGUCGUCCCCGUAGAAAGCACCAGUAAGAAAGCCAGGAUCCUGGAUGCAGAAGGUUUGGCCAUCGGCUGUCAGAUCGCAACCUCCAAGAAAAGAGCCAGAGACCUGAUGGACGACUCCUUCCACAGGUUUGCUAGCUCAGAGGACGCCUGGGAGGUGCCAGAGUGGUUCCUGAAUGAUGAACGAAGACAUCGGAAAAAACCAGUGCCAGUCACCAAAGAGAUGGUGGAGGAGUACAAACAAAAAUGGAGGGAGAUCGAUGCUCGGCCCAUCAAACGUGUUGCUGAGGCCAAGGCCAGGAAGAAGAAGAGGAUGCUGAAGAAGAUGGAGCAGGCCAAGAAGAAAGCAGAGGCAGUUGUUAACACAGUGGACAUCUCUGAGAGGGAGAAAAUGGCUCAGCUAAAGAGUAUCUACAAGAAAGCCGGCCUGGGCAAGGAGAAGAGAGAGGUGACGUAUGUUGUGACCAAAAAGGGGGCCGGCAAGAAAGUGAGACGACCCCCGGGCGUCAAGGGGGUCUUCAAAGUAGUGGAUAGCCGCAUGAAGAAAGACAUGCGGGCAGCAGGGAAGAAGGAGCAGCACAAUAGAGGCGGCAAAGGAAAAGGCAGACAGUCGAGGGGCGGUAAAGGGAGAAAAGGAAAAUAAACACAAGCCGGCAUCUCUGUGCUUCCUGCUGACUGCUCACAUUAAUGUGAGCAUCAUGGGGCUUUGUGCGUUGUCACAGUUUGAGCUCCUGUAACAAGGACGGGUACAAAACCGAACUAUGGUGAUCGUCGUGGUUCCUACCGUUUUUUAGAAACAUACAACGUUCUUCCAUCUCUGGAGAUGCUAUGAUAUUGAUGUAUAUUGAUUGUCUGUGUACAUCUUUCUAAAGAUGUACCUGAUUUUCCUUGAACUGCUUGAUUGCAGUGGUUCUCGAACUGUAAUCAAAACAGAAACAACAAGCCGUUCUUCAAAAUAUUGACGAGAAUGACAUAUAAACAAUGAUUCAAUAAAUGUUUUGAUGUGUUUAAUAUUUCA